GAAAUGUCAAUGUCAAAUCAAAUACGGAAGCAAAGUGUUAAGAAUCUACUAUGAAAUUUAUUUACAUUUUUAUUUGCUACGAAUAAUAAAGAUAUAAAAAAUAAAUAAAAUGGAUCUACCAUACGAGGUAUUAGUUUAUUUAUUCAAAUUUUUACCAAAAUCUGAUAGAAUAUCAGCAAGUGAAACAUGCCGAUCUUGGUAUCUAGCUGCUAAUGAUCAUUUUUUCAUGAAAAACAAAGUAGCAGUAUUUUACAAAUCAGUGUUAAACGAUGAAGACACCUCACCUGUAAAUGUUUUUGAAAACUCUUUAGUCACACACCAAAAUUAUAUAUUCAAUGAAGUAGAGAUAUCUAGCAAAUUAAAUGCUUUUUGGGAUAAGAUGGGAGAAAGUAUAAAAUCACUCACACUGAGAAACUGUGAUAUCUGUGAGAAAGUAUUUGUGUACCUUUUGCAAAAAUGUACAAGUCUAGAAGAAUUGAAUAUCCAGUGCUGCAGAGAGUUGUUUAUGUCGGGACGCCUACUAGAAGGAAAAAGUGAAGGGUUACUAGAAGACAACCUUGACAAUUUAAGAAUUUUAAGUUUGUCAGGAAAUCAGUAUCUUACAGAUGCACUGUUUAACAGAUUUGUAAUGGCUACUCCAGCUCUAGAGAAACUUAACUUAUCAGCUUGUUCUUUACAAUUUCAUCUAGGUUUAGUUAAAAAAUUUUACCCACCUGGCACAGAUAUUUUUAAGAAUCCAUCAGAAAGUGUGCUGACAUUCUAUUUCGUUUUACAAUUUAUUAUAUCUCGAGCAGAGAAUAUCAAAUGUUUGCUAUUUUCAAAUACUCUUAUAGAUGGUGCAGCUCUAAAACUACUUUCAGAGAUAAAAAACUUAAAAUUAGAAUCUCUAGAAGUCCACAGCUGUGAUCAACUAACAAACACAGGCAUAUUAGCAUUAACAAACCACCAGACCUCACUUAAAGAGCUUGACAUAGGCUUGUGCACCAGAGUAACUGAUCAGUCACUUGUGUACAUAUGCAAAAAUCUAGUCAGUCUUGAAUAUCUUAAUAUACAACGUUGUCGUGCUGUGACUGACCUGGGUAUAGCUGAAUUGAGGAAGUUAAAAAAAUUAAGAUCUCUUAAUAUCUCUCAAUGUGAACUUAUUACAAAAGAUGGCUUAGAAAAAGGAUUGUGUGCUGAAGAAAAUAAAACUAUUGAGGAUUUAAAUAUACAUUCAUUAAAUUUAGAUCAAACUGCACUGAUUAUGAUUUCAGAAAAGAUGCCUAAUUUGCGUGCCUUAGACAUAAGUUAUUGCUUUAAUGCAGUGACUGAUACCUCAAUUCAGGUCAUAUUUAAAAACCAAAUACUUUUGCAUACAUUAAAAUUGAGUCAUUGUGAUAAAGUAUCUGAUGCUGGACUAACUGGAAUGGGAAAAGUGGAAGCUGAAGGUGAUGAUGAAGGACCAAUAAUGUCAACUUAUGAUGAUGCAUCUUCAAACCACAAGAUCCCUCUUGGAUCUAGAGCCGAAGAAGAAAUUGUUCGAGAUGCAAAACGAAAACGUGAUGUAAAGCUAAUGUGUGAAAAAUUAACAAUGGACACUUUUACUGGCUAUUCUUUGGCACGCAUGAAGGGUCUUAAGAAACUUGAUGUAAGUGGAUGUAAUAGGAUCACAGAUGUAAGUUUGACUUAUGCAUUCAAUUUCAAAGAACUUGUCAACUUAAAUUUAAGCAGAUGCCAACAGAUAACUCAUGUAGGCAUAGAACAUCUGGUUAAGAAUUGUCCAAGUAUUGAAUAUUUCAAUCUGACGGAUUGCUACAACUUAAAAGAUGAAGCUGUAAAAGAAAUUGUAAAGGCUCUCAGAAGACUGAAACAACUGGAACUGAGAGGUUGUAAUCAACUAACUGACAGAACAUUAGAACCUAUAAGAUCUCACUGUGAAAAACUAAAAUUCUUAGAUGUCCAGGGAUGCAGAUACAUUUCUCCAGAGUUAGCUUGUUCAAUUGGGUCUUUACCGACGCUCCAUACUGUACUAAUGUCUAAACCAGGCCCAUACAUUACCGAUGGUGUCAAGAACAGAUCUCCUGCACCAACAUUUCUGCCAGCAUUAAUGAGAAAACUUCGUCUUCAUUAAGACAACGCACAAGUAAAUUGAUUGUGGUAUAUACAUAAGUAUCAAUAGUAUUUUCUUUUUUAUAUUUGCAUCAUUAGUAGGUAAUUUUUAUAUCAUAUGGCUGUAAAUGUAGUAAAUAUUAUACAAUAACAACUUAUGGGAAACUGUGGAUAAACGUGAAAUAUAAAUUAUCCAACGAGCAUUAAAAUGCAAACUUGAAAUAAUGGAAAAGGGAUUAGUCGAUGGUGACAGUAUCUAGUCAAGGUGAAAAACGGUUGUUAAUCUAUACUGUUACUUGAGCAAUAUUCUUAAAUGUAAAAUUCUGUAUUCGUUUUCUGGCAAACAAGGAAUUACCGCAAUAACUUUUUAAAUCAUGUUUAAUUAUAUUUUUAUUGAAUAAAUUAAUCACUAUAAUCAAAUAGGUGAAAUUAAGAAGUCAGUAUUUAUAAGACAAAAUUGUAGAAGACAUUUGUAAUGGAUUUUAAAUAAUGACAAACAAUACAUUGUUUGUAUACUGUAACAAUACAUGAAACAUUCCUGAUAUAUAAAUUGCAUCUAUUUUAUACUCAUUUCGUCCAAUGUCAACUCAUUUAGACUUAUAGAUGUAGAAGUGAAAAGUACAUGACGAUUAGCGGUUUAAGUACUGUGUAAGUGAAUAAGUGAGACAAAUUGAGAUAACAGUCAUAUCAUACUUAUAAUAAAAUCGUGUAAUAAUGUAAUUGAAAAUAUUGGGUCGGUGCAUAUGAAAUUGACGAUUGCGCAACAAUGUAAAACAGUGGGCGCGUAUUACUGAAUACUUUUUGACUUGAUUAUUUUUGUUUGUUGUAAGUAAAGCAUCGACACUUGAUUAACAUUUUAAACAUCAUUAGAGGAUUCAGACGUUAGACGUGAUUUGACGUUUUUCUUUCUUACCAUGUAUUCGAAAAAAAAUUAGAAAUAUCUUGAUUUAGAAGUUCGAAAGUUGAUUAAGUGCACGUGAAACAGCAAAAAAAAAAAAGAGAUUACGGGAGAAUACAGUUUCUGAAAAGACAGCGAAAAAUUGGUUCCCAAAAUUUCGUUGUGGAGUAGCGAAUUUUUAAAACGAGUCUCGCGGUCGACCUUCGCGCGUACUGGAUCUGCAAGUUUUACAACAAUCAGUGGAGUCCAAUGUGCAUAUAAGCACACGAGAAAAACAAGAACUUGCUGUUCAUCAUACAACUGCUGUACAAGGCCUCAAACAAAUUGGUAAAGUAAGGAAGUUUGGUCAGUUUGGUGAAACGAACUCUCGGAGUAAAAUCGUUUUAUCAUUACAUCGUCUCUGUAGAAUCGACAAAUAACUAAACCUUUUCUUGACCAUCUACAUCUAUUUUGUCGUAAAUCUAAAAUUAUAUUAAUAGUAGUAAUCAAUAUAAUAAUAAUCAGUCAUUUUUUACGAUUUAUUUAAAUAGGUACAUUGAUAUUGUCUUGUUACCAUUUUUCGUCAAAUUUUGUAGAAAUAUAAGUAACUGUUUAUCUAUUGUUCUUACGUUUCCAACUUCACUUUUACAAAUAAAUUAUGAAAGAUUUAUAUCUAAAUAAAAUUAAUAAAAUGUAACUCACAAGCUGCUUAAUCGAGAACAAUUACCAGUGAUAAAUUUAGCAAUUUUACUGCUACUUAACUAUCAUAUCCUAGAAAUACUAGUACCUAUCCAAAAAUCCAUACAAAAAAAAUAUGCUUUUUAUUAUUGUUACGCCAGUAUUUAUUGCAAUUAAAGCAAAAAUGAAAUUAUACUGUUAUAUCUUUGUUAUAAAUACAUAAAUUUUAUUUAUUUAUUUUAGACACAAAGUCAAAACAUUAUAUAUUAUUUCUGUAUAUUAUUUUAUAUAUAUUUGUUGAUUUCUCCUAAAAGGAUGUUGUUAGUACAGCUGUGAUAACAUUUGUACCUAAUAUGCUAUAUUAAUAGUACAAAUUCGUGCAUUAAAAUUUGUGAUUUUAACCUGUC